CUUGAAAUCCCACCCAUCAAGGGAGACAAUCAGCUACUACUGUUUGUAAACACUAGGUCGACAUAUGAUAUUGGGCUGGAGAAAAACUGACCUUGAUGUCUCAGAUAAAACGAGACGCUGAGGAAACAUUGGCACAGAUAAUGUCCAGUUAAAUCUUAGCGUGACACUUAUCAACGUUUGCACACGAGGCAGCUUUAGUGAAAUAUAGGUCAUCACUCGUUCACGUCGUGUCGUACUCACAUCUUACUACCUGUUUCAAUUCUGCCAGUUCCAAGCGUAUUCGUUCAACCAUCUCUACACCCGUCAGUUACUGAAGUGGACACCAUGACAGACGUGAAUCUUACCGCUAUAUUGUACAAGAAAGACGACAUGAGGCUUGAGGACCUACCAGUCCCAGAGCCCAAACAAGGAGAGGUGCAGAUAUCAAUGGCGAAUGUUGGUAUUUGUGGGUCGGAUGUACAUUACUGGACACACGGAGAGAUUGGGGACUUCAUUGUUAAGGCUCCCAUGAUUCUGGGGCAUGAGGCCAGUGGGGUCGUAUCCAAGGUUGGACAAGGGGUCACCUCACUCAAAGUCGGUGAUCGUGUUGCCAUUGAGCCAGGGGUGCCAUGUAGAAUCUGCAACUACUGCAAGUCUGGACGCUACAACCUGUGCCUUGACAUGGCAUUUUGUGCCACGCCCCCUUACCACGGAAACCUGGCAAGAUUCUACACCCAUGCUGCUGAUUUCUGCUACAAGUUGCCCGACCAUGUGAGCACAGAGGAAGGCGCUCUUCUGGAGCCACUGUCUGUAGGUGUUCAUGCCUGCAACAGAGCCAAUAUUGGCCUCGGGGACAAGGUGUUGAUCUGUGGUGCAGGUCCCAUUGGCCUUGUCAACCUGCUGACAGCCAAGUCCAGAGGUGCAGCUGACGUCAUCAUCACAGAUAUUGACGAAAAGCGACUGGAGUUUGCACGUAAGCUUGGAGCCAAUUUCACACUUAAAGUAACAAGCAGGGAUCCUCGUGUAACAGCUCAACAGAUCGAGGAGACCCUUGGUCAACCUGCAGACAAGACUAUUGAGUGUAGUGGAGCACCACCCAGCAUCAGGACCGCCAUAUAUGCAACAGCAUCAGGCGGAUGUGUCGUGUUGGUUGGACUGGGUGCAGCUGAUGUUGAGUUGCCGAUCGUGAACGCGGCUGUGAGAGAGGUGGACAUUAGGGGGAUCUUCAGAUACGUCAACUGUUACCCCACUGCUCUGUCUAUGGUGGCAUCUGGCCAGGUUGAUGUCAAGCCACUCAUCACUCACCGAUACAAGCUGGAACAGAGCCUGGAUGCCUUCGAGGCAGCGAAGAGAGGGGAGGGGGUUAAGAUUAUGAUCAACUGUGAGAGGAAGUAGAAUCUUGACAUGGACAACAUGAUCUGCCCUCGGUCUUCUCCACCUUCAUGUAUUGUAAUGGAUUCAGCAAUAUAUGACAAGACAUUAGUUCAGAAUAUUCAGGAAGCAAAUGGAGAGCCAAUGCUGGUUAUGUACUUCGGAAAUUCAGUACAGACCCAACAGCCUGAUAGUUCUCCAUGACUCCACUGAAUAUUGAUGACAAGGGGUGGGGAGGGUAUAUAUUUUAUUAACUCUUUAUGAAACUCUUUAUGCAAUAAGUUCAGAAUAAAUAUGUCCAAAACAAUGUAGUACAUUGUAUUUGUUACAUUUGUGAAUUAUUCUGAUUUCUUUCUUUAAAAAAACCCCAUUUAAUUCUCAAAAAAUGGGUUUGAAAGAUUGUUUGAAUUGUUUUAGUUAAAAAGUGUGAUCUCAAUCUUGGCGUUAGACUGAAAUCUGUCUGACAUUAAUGGCAUCUUGUUCAUCAGUACAGCUGUCUAAAUGGCAAGCAAUUGUUACGGAGGUAACAAGGGACUGCAUUCUGUUGAUGUAGACAUCUGCAGAAGGCUUUUUCAUUUUCCAAAUGCUCACCCGGGUCCAACACCAAUGACAGUUUCUAUACAUACAGGGGCGGUCGGGUAGCCUAGUGGUUAAAGCGUUCGCUCAUCACGCCGAAGACCCGGGUUCGAUUCCCGACAUGGGUACAUUGUGUGAAGCCCAUUUCUGGUGUCCCCCGCCGUGAUAUUGCUGGAAUAUUGCUAAAAGCGGCGUAAAACCAUACUCACUCACUCACUAUACAUACAGUGUCUCUUUGGGCUUCCACUUUCUCUGUAUUAAUAAACUCAAAACCACAGGAACACUUCAGUCAUCAUUACACGAACUGUGCAGCUGUAGUGCAGUGUCAAAAUUGCAAGUGUGUUAAAAAAAGGUCCUGGUCAUUGAAAUUGUAUGUACAAGUUUUCAGUAUUUAAUAUUUCCGUGUGAGCUACACAACAUGAUGACGUAUAUGUACAGGAACUGUUAGUACAUCUAUCACAGUAUUAGAAAUGCUUGCUGAAAUAUAUCAAGAAAUGUAUCGGCCAAAUAUUAUAUGAACAAGAAAAUCCAAAAAUUUCAAGUUUUAUUAACCACAUUCCUUGUUUAUGGCUAUGUUUAUAUCAUCCUGAAAUGUUCACCGGAAUUUGCAUUCAUACAAAGAUCAUCCAACAACUGACUGAAUAUUGCAUUUAAUGUCUUAUGUUGUAUGUUUUAAUCCUCUGAGGUUCAUGUUGUGCUGGCUACCCUUGAUGGGUUUGAUCUGGUCACACAGACCAGUGAGCAUUGAGCCAUGGACUCAGGGGAGGAACACACCCUCCUGGGUGGGACGGUCACAGCUGGGUGACCUUCUAGGGGAUUCCCCGUCUGGACAUACAAUCCUCGCUUGUGUUCUGGUUAGGCAAGCAUGCGGCGUGGUGCCCCGGGGGAUGGCUGUGAGUGCAUGUGGGAGAUUUGUGUAUCUUGUGCUGACACGGCUGAUACCACCUGUUUCUUGUGGAUGGUUUGAAGGUAGCACAGGACUGACAUCAAUGGCAGCUCACAACUACGGGUGUAUUUUACAAUAGUAUUUGCAUUUUUCUCGGUAAAAUCAAUGAAUAUAUUUUGUGGGAAUGAAUUGAUUGGUACCACUGAUGGAGCAAGAAUUUUGAUUGGUUGUUGGAAUGUUGAAUUUGUGUCACACACGUCUUAUAUACAUCAUUUUCAUAGCAAGUAGUCAGUAUUUUCCAAUAUAUACAUGCACGAAAUAUAUAUUGUGCACUUGAUCACUCUUUCCAUGUGAUAACUUUGUAAAGAUUAUCAGUCAACACUAGUUUCAAUCUCAUUAGAAUUAGAUCUUAGUUCUCGCUACUGCUAAAGCUUUUUUUAGUGGUAGCGAGAACUAAGAUCUGAUUUUAAUGAGAUUGCACUAGUUUAUGAAUGUGCUGAUUGAUCAUAUGUUCUGACUGAAGUGUAUAUGAUUAAUAAUGCUUGUUGCAUAUGCCAUGAUUUAUCAUAAAUUGUAGGAUAUUAAACAGUGUUAUCCACUUGCGUGUGGAUAAGCUAAUGAAAUAGCAUGUAGUGGCUAUUAAGAAUGUUGUUAACAAAGUAGUUAGAGACAAGACAGUAUAUCUAUGAUCACUAACAACAGGGUUUGUCGAAAGGGAUUGGUGUGAUUGGUAUGUUGCUGUUUGUAUGUGGACAUGUAUAUUUGUUCAGGGUAAUGUAACAUGAUGUGAUCAUGUUUGUGUUGUUUUGUUAUUUUCGGUACCUUUUCAUUACCCAGACUCAUUUAAUAAAAAUAACGUCUUAAAAGAA